ACUCACACCCUCAAAUCUUACCAAGCUCAGCUCUCCCUGCUCAAAGGCAGACAGGAGCAGCACGGCAGCCUGUUAAAGGAGUUGAGGGAAGGAGCAGCGGAGUCACAGAGAGAGACAUAGACAGAAAGAGGAGAGGGGGGGUUGAAUGAGUGAAGGGAGAGCAAGGCAGAAGAGAACUGCUGCCCAUAUGCCGAGAGGAGUAUGGGCGGUUGAACAAGCUGCCCCCACUGAAGCUUCCUGACUCACGGGAGCGUUAGAACCCAAUCCCAAGAGAGCCUGGAAAACGCUGCUGGAUCACGCCUGGUGGGAGAAGGAGGGGAGAGAAAACUCAGAAGGAGAGCAAAGGAAGGAAAAGCCACAACGGUAGGCUGUCCUACUCAGCUGCUGUACCGUGAUGACGUUGGCGGGCAUGUGACCCAGGGUCUCCAGUGACGCCGCAUGGAGGGCAGGAAAGAGACGAGUUUUAAAGCUGGUGCCUUUUGGGUUGUGUGAGGGCUUUGCUCGCCUCCCCAACAACCACAGAACCACAGACGUGCGGCUCGGGGUUGGUGUCUGAGGGCGACCUGGAGUGUAAAUGGUUAAUCGUCACGGGCCAGCACCAGUCACAAGGACGGCGCUAAGCAAGACGUGUCGAGGGUCACAGAAACCACAGAGGAACAAAGUUGGGGCUUGCUGGAACCAGAGGCAGCCAUGGCAUCUAACAGCCUCUUCAGCACAGUGACACCAUGUCAGCAGAACUUCUUCUGGGAUCCCAGCGCCAGCCGGAGGUUCAGUCCGCCGUCCAGCAGCCUCCAGCCGGUCCCAGGGAAGAUGAACGACGUCAGCUCCCCGGCCGGCCAGCCGGACGCGGCGGCCACCGUGCCGAGGCUACGUCCCCCGCAUGAGAACCGAAGCAUGGCGGAAAUUAUCGCCGACCACCCGGCCGAACUGGUGCGCACCGACAGCCCCAACUUCCUCUGCUCGGUCCUGCCCUCCCACUGGCGCUGCAACAAGACGCUGCCUGUCGCCUUCAAGGUGGUUGCCCUGGGGGAUAUACCUGAUGGGACAGUUGUUACUGUGAUGGCAGGCAACGAUGAGAACUACUCCGCCGAGCUCCGGAACGCCUCGGGCAUGAUGAAGAAUCAAGUAGCACGCUUCAACGAUCUUCGGUUUGUGGGCCGCAGUGGCAGAGGCAAGAGCUUCACAUUGACAAUCACGGUAUUCACCAACCCACCACAAGUGGCAACGUACCACCGAGCUAUAAAGGUCACCGUGGAUGGACCUCGUGAGCCCAGGAGGCAUCGUCAGAAGCUUGAGGACACACCAAAAACCAGCCUUUUCUCAGAACGCAUUAGUGACCUUGAAAGGAUGAGGGUGAGGGUCACGGUUCCCACACAAACCCCCCGACCAGCUCUCAACACAGCAGCAAACUCUUUCAACCCACAGGGCCAGACACAGAUAACAGACCCUCGUCAGUCCCAGUCCUCUCCUCCGUGGUCGUACGAACAGACGUACCCAUCCUACCUGAGUCCUAUGGCGUCCCCUUCCGUCCACUCCACCACCCCCCUCUCCUCCAGCCGAGGCACGGGCCUUCCUGCCAUCAGUGACGUGCCUAGACGAUUGCCAGGCUCUUCUGACCUGAGCCCGUUUCCUGGUCAGUUCGAGCGCCAGUUCCCGAGCCUUUCCUCCAUCACGGACAGCCGCUUCUCCAGCCCCCGCAUGCACUACCCGGCCACCUUCACCUACACCCCCCCAGUCACCUCUGCCAUGACCCUGGGUAGCGCCCACUACCACACCUACCUCCCCCCGCCUUACCCGGGCUCCACCCAGAGCCAGAGUGGACCCUUUCAGACCAGCAGCACCCCAUAUCUCUACUACGGCGCCUCCUCCAACUCGUACCAGUUCUCAAUGGUUCCCGGCGGGGACCGUUCACCGUCUCGGAUGGUCCCGCCUUGCACUAGCGCCUCCACAGGCACCUCCCUGGUGAACCCUAACCUGCCCAGUCAGACGGAAGGAGGGGUGGAUGGCGACGGGAGCCACAGUAAUUCCCCAACCGUGCUCAACCCCGGUGGCCGCAUGGAUGAAGCAGUCUGGAGGCCAUACUGAGGAAGACCAGGGGACACACAGCUAACAAGUCAACCGAUGUCGUGGUUUGAAAGCACAAAACCUUUUUUUCAUGUAGUGAAAAGGGGAUUUUCUUGCCUCUCCUCGGCUAUCUCCACCUUCUGCUUGGGAAUUAAUCAGAAAUGAUUUAAAAAAAGAACAGACUAGAACCGACUUGUCUUCCUGGAAUGUGUUUGGACCAAGGCACUAGAAAGGGAGCCAUUCUCACAGCAAUAAUGAGAAAAAUAAACUAUUUUAAUUUUACCAAACCCACCCAGAUGGGACGUUAUUUCCGUUUUAUGGCAGCCCACCAGCAAAGGGAUGCUUAACCGACUAAAGACUGCCCCUUCUUUUUGUAACGUGUUUGUACUUUAUUAAGGCUUUUUUUUUUUUGCAGAGCAUGUUUUUGUACAACAAUACCAAGAUGCAACCAAAGCACUGAGUAGCAGAUGAGAAGCUUGUGUUACCCAAAGUGGCGUGGACAUUCAUUUUGCUCUAAACCAGUUAAGUUAAGUUGUACAUUGUGGGUUGUGUUGUUGAUGUAGUUUGGAGCAUUUUUUUCUUAGUUUUAACUUAUAAAGCCAUAAAUUAUGUAUUGUAUUUGAAACUUGAGUCGAAGAAGUGUAAUCUGAAUAUUUUUGAUGUAUCUAUAUGUCUAAGUUAAUUUGUUUCCUUUGAUUAGUAAGUUAAGAGGUUUUAUUUCUUUGUUGUUGCUGCGCCUAAAGAUUUAAGUCGCUUGGAAUAUGAAAUCUAAUUUCCAAAGAGUAUUGCAACAUGUUUCUUCUGGUGUAAAAUACAGCAUAACUGCUCGACACAUUAAGAGGCCAACAUCUUCAGUAGGCGUCGACACACAUUUGGCUUAGAAUUAAACCUUUGGUAUUUAUUGAGCAAUAACUCGCAUCGUGCCUCUUGGCGACACAGCAUUAAAGCCAGCUUCGGUGGGGAAGAGAGUAAUUAUCCAUUUAUGGAUAUUUUCUUAUAUUUUGUCUGGUCUGGCGUGCACUUACAAUCUGCUUUUCUUGACAAUAUGAGAAAUCCAAAGUGAGUCCCUGGAUAGAUGCACCUGGAGGUGCACUUUCCAGCAUCAGUUUAGACUUUUAAGGCUCAGUUGUUUUGUGAUACAUGAACUCCUCAGGACUGGAAUAAACCCUGGAUAAUAUCUGCUAUAUCUGCUUUUCUUUCUCGCUCCUUCUUUUUGAUUUUGUUUUUCAUAUCCAGCCUGGCUGAAGGCUCUGCCGAGAUUAUAGCUUACACAUGCCAAGUUUAUUAUAGCUUUCAUAUCAUGUGCAAAAGAUGACUUUGAAAAAGUUUGGGUUUGUGCGUGACACGCAGAGGAAAAAAAAAAAUGUAUGACAUUCCUUCAGGCAUUUAUUUAUCUACAGUUUUUAGAUUUAAUAUCUGACGUCCCAGCCUAAAACAACAUUCUCUUUCAGCACUAUAAGGAACAGUUCUGCGCUGAACCCCAAAAGUGCCUGGGUUCAGUGAAAAAGUGCAAAAACUGAGGUGAUUGGAUUCAGCUGCUGGCAGCACACUGGUGACCAAAAAAAGAAAA